AUGGCCCUGAAAAAUUUUACUGAAGACGGAAACCAUAAUAAUGUCCAAGAAUUGUUCUGCUCGGCUGAAUUUGUCAGAGGUGUAGAGAGCGAGCUUAUAGUCCUUUCAGCUCUAAGUAUCUUUUUUUCCGUCACUGCACUUCUGGGGAACACUCUGAUCCUAGUUGCUCUGCACAAGGAAACUUUACUUCAUCCGCCGUCCAAACUCCUGUAUCGUAACCUAGCGAUAACUGAUCUCUGUGUUGGUAUCAUUGUGGAGCCUUUGUUUGUGACUUAUUGGACUUCUGUUGUGAAAGAAAGAUGGGAUAUUUGCUAUUACGCAAUUCGGGCAGCAACUUUCCCAAGCUUUAUUUUCUGUUUAGUGUCUUUAUUAACAGUGACUGCAUCAAGCGUGGACAGACUUCUCGCCUUGUUGCUGGGGCUCAGAUACAGACAAGUUGUAACUUUUAGAAGAACAUGUAUAACUGUUACUGGUUUUUGGAUUUUGUCCAUCGUCGUACGUCGGUGCAUCUGGUCUCUUUUUGAAUCGUCGUAUAACUUUAUGGUGUCUACACAUAGUUUCAGCUUUGUGUCUGGUCACCACAAUCUUCGCUUACGCAAAACUUUUCGUUACUCUGCGUCAUAACCAAAUUCAUGUUCAGAACGAUGCUGCUCGAGGACAACCGAGCCAAGCAAUUCCACUGAACAUAGCUCGAUACAGAAAGGCAGUGUACAGUGCACUGUGGGUGCAGGGAACAUUGGUUAUUUGUUAUCUGCCGUAUGGUACAGUAGUAGCUUUGAUUUCUGAUAGAGGGAUGCCUUCAUCCCUUUACCAUGUUUGGCAAUUUACGGCUACUUUAGUGUGUUUGAACUCGUCAUUAAACCCGUUGUUGUAUUGCUGGAGGAUCAGAGAAGUCAGGCAAGCCGUAAAAGUAACAUUAAAGCAAAUUUUCUGUCGAUCGAGCUAG